AUGUGGGCCGAAGUCAACGGAGAACGUAAGAAGGUGGCCUGUGGCCCGUGCAUCCGCGGUCAUCGCUCAUCGAAAUGCGACCACAGAGACCGAGUACUAGUUGAGGUUCGGAAGCCUGGUCGACCUUUGAGUAGCUGCCCGCAUCCGACUGGUUCAUGUAGCUGCGAGCGUGUUGUUAUCAACUACACGAUCCCCAAAACUUCACAAUGCGCCUGUCCGUCCGAACGAGAGGCGCCCACAGCUACCGUUGUCGGAAACAGUCGAAUCUCAAAGGGUAGACGAAAAUCUACAGCCGUCACGCCCUUCUAUCUAGACAAGGCUAUCCGAGCCGGUCUAGACGCCGAAACCGACACCUCUUCGAAUACGCAAACCCCUUCCGAGACAAGCGGUAGCAACGCGCCAUCACUACCAUCAAGUGCAAGUUCAACUCCACGCCUACUACCUGCGCAAAGUGACUCCAUUUCGAGCUGUUGUAAGCCGAAGCUGGCUUUGGCACCAGUUCAGACAGGAGGAUGUUGUGGCAAUAAACCCAAUCCAGUUCCAGAGCCACCAGUACAGAAGAAGUCUUGUUGUUCUGGGCCAUCCAAGCAAACACCUACAAGUUGUCAGUCGAAUAGUUACCAACAUCCUGGGCAACCGUUUCAGUUCCCUCCACAACCUCCAGGAAUAUUGCCGCCGCAGUAUCAGAUGUUCUCUCCUCAGGCAAUGUCGCCGACUGCGGCGAACCCUUUUGGACUCGGUACCCCGAUCUAUAAUCAUGCGGCAGCGGCUUAUCAUCAGAACAGCCCGGUGCCGAUGAGUCCGGGGGUGAACACGCCCAUGUCACCGCACAUGAAUACUUCUUCAGUCGGCCAGCAUAAUCCUGAACACAAUUGCCACUGCGGCGAAUCAUGUAGCUGCUUCGGAUGCGCCGCCCAUCCGAAUAAUGCCACUAUGAUGGAGUAUGUUAGGGUCAUGGCUCACUUUCAGUACACUGGCGGUUUUGGGGGAAUGGUCCCCCCUCUUUAUGAUAUGCCAACAUACCCUCAUCAACCAGGUUAUGGAGCUGAAGCUGGUCACAGAAUGAGUUACGACGCAAUGUCGCAAGGCAUGACAACGCCUACCCCAACACAAAUGAGCUUCCAGGCCGGUCUCAGCUUGCCGGCAAAACACAGCCAAUCCAUGCCGAUGCCCGGAAACUGGCAACAGCCACUUAACACAGUACCCAACAUGUCACAGGCCCCUUUUAUGAGGAACACGAACUAUGCUGCUCCUACUGCCAUCGCAGAAAACCACCCCCCUUUGAAGACAGAAGAAGGGGCAGGCUCACCGGCUGCUGAUAGCCCUAGCGAUAGCAAAGAUGAAGAUACCCCCACACUUUCGCCAUCAUCAUACUUCUGGAAUGAGAUGACCCUGCCAGGCUGCUCAGACGCCUCUGGCACUUGCCAAUGCGGUGACGGGUGCGCAUGUGUAGGCUGUCUAACACAUGGCGGCCAUACUGGAGAGCAGCUUGAGAAUAUCUCGACCGCGGAACAAAACACUUUUCCCAACUUUACCCCUGAUCUUGGCCUCAAUAUGAACGAUCCAACGGAUUUCAUGAACUUCCCAGUAGGCUCUAGUUCAGGCAUGUAA